UCGACUCUCGGUUCUCAGAGAGUCGCGAGUCAGAAGCUCGUGAGGUGAGCGGAUCGAGAGCAGCGCCAGCGGCCGCCUUCGACCCUAAACAUUCACAGCUUUUCCUCCAGAGAGACUCCGGGAGAAACAUGGAGAGGAAAAGGUGGGAGUGCUCGGCUCUCCCAAAUGGUUGGAAAAGGGAAGAAGUGACCAGAAAGUCGGGCUUGUCCGCGGGGAAAAGUGAUGUCUAUUAUUUUAGUCCAACAGGGAAGAAGUUUCGGAGUAAACCACAGCUGGCCCGAUAUCUGGGAAACUCCAUGGAUCUCAGCUCCUUUGAUUUCCGCACAGGGAAGAUACUAAUGAGCAAACUGAAUAAGAACAGGCAGCGGCUUCGCUACGAUCACGGUCAGAGCAAGGGUAAACCUGAUCUGAACACGUCACUGCCGGUCCGACAGACGGCGUCCAUCUUCAAACAGCCCGUCACCAAGGUCACAAAUCACCCCAGCAACAAGGUUAAGACGGACCCUCAGAAAGCUGUUGACCAGCCCAGACAGCUGUUCUGGGAGAAAAAGCUGAGCGGACUCAACACUUGCGAUAUCGCAGAGGAGUUGGUGAAGACCAUGGAUCUUCCUAAAGGAUUGCAAGGUGUGGGUCCGGGUUACACAGAUAAGACGCUGCUCUCGGCUCUAGCGAGCGCCCUGCACACCAGCUCGGCUCCCAUCACGGGUCAGCUGUCUGCCGCGGUGGAGAAGAACCCCGGAGUCUGGCUCAACACCACACAGCCUCUGUGCAAAGCCUUCAUGGUGACGGACGAAGACAUCAGGAAGCAGGAAGAUCUGGUGUAUAACGUGAGGAAGAGGCUGGAGGAAGCGCUCAUGGCAGACAUGCUCGCACACAUAGAGGAAGCCACCAUCGAGGCCAAAUCUCUGAAGGAAGAGUCCACCGACGAGGAAACGGAGUCUGUAUAGCUGAAAUCGGUGGCGAUGGGAACGACCUGGACGACAGUAUUUUUCCUCCCCAAACCCAAAGACGCACUCAGACUCAGACUUGAGCUGAUCCUAUGCAGAAACCAGCCUUUCUUCUCCAACUCAACUGUGAAGAUUUGUUUUACCAUAACAUUUCAAGCAGUUUUAUUAAACCAAAUCCACUUCUAACUUGAACUUGUUUGAAGUGGAUUUGCUCUGUUUUUGUACAGUAUGAGCUUAAAGUUUGGGCAGGUUUGGGUUUCCAGCAUCACGCAGUGGGUUUGACUGAGUUUCAGUGCUGUCGGUAUGUUUAUUCAGACAUCGUAAGCUAAUUUCAAAUCAUGAACGUUUUUUUUUUUUACACAAACAAAAUGCCAUGUUUUUAUGACUGAUUCUGGAAAUAAUGUACUAGUAGUGCAUACUAGUUUGUGAUGGCUGGUACAAAUACGGUGCUCAAUUCUUCCUGGUUCCUUUAUAUUUUAGCUGUUGUUAUAGUGCUGUUUGAGUCUAGACAUGACAUAAGCUCUUACGUUGGUGCUUAGGUUUUUGUAUUCAUGAGUUUGUCAAUGCAUAGCUGAUAUCACAGUUAUUUUUUUAGUUGCAUCAGAUUGGAUCAAGCUGUUUGUGUUGCUGUAUGAAGCUGGUACAUUUGUCAUCAUUCACUGAUGCAGCGUGGUUUAUUAUUACGGACUGAAUGGUUACAGUACAGAAUGGCGUGUUAGUAGAUGGCGUGUUUUUCACUUACACUAAUUCUUCACACACCCAUGAUUGAAUUUAAUAGAUGAUUGACUCAUACCCUGAUGUUUUUUUCUUCGAAAUGUGAAAUAUAUUUGAAAUAUGCAGGAGAGGUGUUUUUGUAUGUUAUUGCAAGAAAGCUUAGAUGACGUUUUGAAAAUACAAACCUUGUAGCUGAAGGACACAUAAUUUUGUAAACUUGGAAAAUAAAAGUCUUUCAACACACGUCGGCACAUUCACGUUUUAUUUUAAUGCAAAUAUCUCAUCAUAUUUCAAAGAAAGCAAAUGUAGAGUCACAAACCUUUAUCACUAAUUAAAUGUUUCAUUUUAUACAUGUGUUUUUAUGUAUCAAUAUCUA